ACUUGGGAGACACAUUGGAGAUGUCUUUAGGAUGAAAUGUAUAAUGACUUUGCUUAGCUAAAUGAAACGGGGAUUUCCUGAUACCAUUCCUAUGGAUUUGCUCCGGUGUUUGUUCUGUCUUUUCCUGAGCCGUGUUGGUGAUUGUCAGUUUGUAAGAUGGAUACGGAACACGGACCUGAACAACCCAGCCAACUGGGACCGUGGCAACCUACCGUGCGGCAACGACCGCAUGAUCAUACCCGAUGAUAGCCCCGUUGUCUACAUGCAGAUCAACACUACCAUUCAGGAACUGGUGGUGCCCAUGUCGGGAGAGAUCAUAUUUGGUAGCUGGGCGGGCCUGGGCUUCACAAACAAUCCUGACCACAGUGCUGCCUGCCUUGACUCUGGAUCAGACAUCACAUUUAAUGCCAGCCACCCUGCCCAGUGGGUGGACCCUACAAACUGGUGCCCUGUUGCCACGGAGAUAGGUCCCUGUGAGCCCCGCCCCCUACUGGACACGGAGAGGGUACCUUGUGCCAUGGACCAUGUGAUAUUCCCCACAGGCAGCUCAUAUUAUGUGGACCUUGGAUCUAACCUUGAUAUACAAGUGAACACCAUCAAAGUGUCUGGCAAGGCCUACAGUUCUUCCACAUUCCGUGACUUCCUGUCCACUGAGAAUGGGCGCAACAUUUUCACCCAGCCCAACUCCGGCCCAAGGUCGACUGUGACCAUCAACAGACGGAGAUGCACUGACCAGACUGGUUGUAUAUGCGGCAAUGACAAGGGAAUGUUGUACACCACAUUGUGUAGCAUACAGAAGAACCGGUGUGCCAGACCAGCCUGUACCAUGCCCUUUAUUCCUGUAGGCCACUGCUGCCCUGUGUGCGGGGGAAUGUUAAAUCUGACCUAUGGUACAGGCUUUAAUUUUAACACACUGAAGACCAGCAUACAGAGAAACUUCCUGGACAAUAAGGUAGAGUAUCAGUCUGUCCAGUACAUCGUGUCCAAGCGCAGUGAUGGAAAGGUUCAGAUGGUGUUAAUGGACAGAGACGGCGUCACAAGUUCCAAGGUGGCCACUAAUAUCAUGGCCGACAUCACAGCAGACAUUCGUGGAGGUGGUAUGAAGUACGCCCUGGUGAGUGCCAGUCUUCAGACGAGUACUGCUGGUUCCCAUCAUGGCCCUUGGUCACCCAGUGCACAUACAGGUGGACAGCCCUCCAUGAGUCGGGGGUCAGUAGCUGGAAUCACUAUUGGAUGCUUGAUUGGGCUGUUACUGCUAGCUGGAGCUGGAUUCCUCUUCCAUAGGCAUACCAAAACGUCUGAAGGUAGUGGUUUCAGUGCCCGCAUGUUUGACACGUUUAACCGGUUUACAGCAAGCUCUCGUGGGAACACUCAAGAGCCUAUGCCCCCAUCUGUGGGCUUUCGAUGGGACUCCCAUGACAGCGGGCUUGCCAGCAUUGGCGGGGGUUCCUCUCAAGGCUUUGAAAACCCCACAUAUGGCAUAACCCCCAUGCAGCAUGUGAAGUCCAUGGAGAUGGAGGUGAGGUCAGACGUGAUGACCGAGAAUCAACCUAUCGAUUACGGCUUUGACAACCCCCUGUAUGACAGUGUCCACCAGGAGUCCUUGUUCACUGACCCAGCCACAGUGGAGAAUCCCCAGUUGCCAACGGUGAUGACCCUGGGAGAUCAAGGUCAAGACAAGGUCACCUCAGACACUGAGGCUUGAAGUGGCAGACUUGAUGAACAAAUACUAAAGAUUAUUU